CUGGGCCGUUCUACAUGACAACAUGUCAGGUUGCUAAGUUAGCUAGUAAGCUAGCUGUACUUAGCAGACCAAAUGAUGUGGCCAGAAGAAAGCUCCGGUUUGCCUCGUGCUGGCGAUAAAGCAACAAUGGCUUAAAGCAGUGAAUAGACUAUGUUAGAUAUUCUAACGACAACCUCAGACGACAGGAAAACGCCCCUGCCAUGGCAGCUGGUGUCAGCGUACUGAGUGACCUGCCUUACUCCAUCAGUGGAGCGAUCAGCACAGAGAUGGAGACAGAGCUGUUGAGCCAGGAGCCUUUAUCAGUCCAGAGACGCUCACCAUGCAGGCAGCAGCAGCACAGACAGCAAAACCAGCAGUCACAGCACAACCAGCCAUAAAACCAACAGCACAGGCAGCAGCAGCACAGACACCAGCAUUGCACCGGGGACGCACUCCUUAGCCAGGGAGAUGAAGGGCAGAGGGAGGAGGCACAACCGUAGGCACUCAGCCUCAGACAUCCUGCAAAAUGUCCUGCAGCGCAGACGCAGCUCUCCCCUGGAGACCCUAUCCUCCUCCUCCCACAGAGUCAUGGUGGCCGUCAGCGUGAACCAGCCUCAGCUUCCCACUGAAUGCAAGACCAGGAGAUCCAAUGCUAGGGUCCCUACAGCAAAGUACACCAAGAUGGGGGAGACCCUGAGGCAUGUCAUCCCAGGUCACAUGCAGUGCUCCAUGGCCUGUGGAGGGAAAGCCUGUAAAUAUGAGAACCCCUCUCGCUGGAGUGAUGAGGAGCAAGCCAUCAAAGGUCUUUACUCGUCCUGGAUCACUGACAACUUGCUAGCUAUGGCAAGGCCUUCCUCUGAAAUAAUAGAGAAAUAUAAUAUAAUUGAACAAUUUCAAAGGUGUGGUUUAAAGACAGUCAUUAACCUGCAGCGGCCCGGAGAACAUGCCAGCUGUGGCAACCCACUGGAGCAGGAGAGCGGUUUCACUUAUCGACCUGAAACGUUCAUGGAGGCAGGAAUUUAUUACUACAACUUUGGGUGGAAGGAUUAUGGUGUGGCAUCUCUGACUACAAUCCUUGACAUGGUGAAAGUCAUGUCUUUUGCUGUCCAAGAGGGUAAACUGGCCGUCCACUGCCAUGCUGGUCUUGGAAGGACAGGUGUGUUGUUCGCUUGUUACUUGGUUUUCACGUCCCGGAUGAGCGCUGACCAAGCCAUCCUUUUUGUGCGAGCCAAGAGACCCAACUCCAUUCAGACCAGAGGCCAGCUGCUGUGUGUCAGGGAGUUUGCCCAGUUCCUGGUUCCUCUCCGAAGCGUCUUCUCCUGUGCAGAACCUAAAGCGAGUGCCGUCACCCUGUCACAGUACCUUACCCGGCAGCGCCACCUGCUGCACGGCUACGAGGCACGACAGAUGAAGAACGUGCCAAAGAUCGUCCAGCUGGUGUGCAGGCUCCUUGUCGACAUUGCAGCCAACCGAGAGGUGGUGAUCGAGGAGGAGUGGCUGGAGAUCCCUGACCUCACAGCCGAGGUGGAGAAGACCGUGUCCCAGCAGGCCCUUCAGCAGCUCGGGAAGGAGAUGAGAGGGAAGGGGAUUCCUGUUCCACCUUGUUCAUCUCAUCAUCUCAGCCCACCUGCUCUGCAGUCCAGACCUCCUCGUGAUCAACCUCUUGCCAGUGAUAAUGAGCUGGACCCUCUUUGGAGGCAGCAGAAUGUAGAAAGUCCUCUGAGAUCCUCUUUGUCCAACAGCAGGAGCCUCAGUUACAGUGAUUCUGUCCUUCACAAACAUGGACCGCGCCAGCACCAUUUAGGAAAACUGAAGAGCAACAAACCAGGCAACUGCCUUGUCAAACAUUCCUUGUCUCACAGCAGCCUUAUAGCCUGUAACCCUCCCAGAUGUUGUGACCUCUCUCCUCAGGGCAUUAUCAGCAGAAUACAGGACCCCAUUACAGAAGCAAAGCAAGACACUGGAUCCCCUCUUUUAAAAAAGCAGCUACACAAAGGGCGUCAGAAUUUGUCUUUAGAUCUGUCCGAGCAGGGAAGAAAAUCCCACUGCAGCGUCUUAUCAACCAAGAGCAAACCUGUAGCCAGUGAGGAGCAGCUAGGUGGGGCAGGUGGAGCAGACAGAGAGAAUGAUGCAGAGGUUCCCUUCAUCCCCCUCACGCCUGAGCUCUCCCCAGAGAGCAGAAGCCUACUGGUGGCCAAAGCUCUGGCCAGGGGCCUGACAGAUGAGGAUCUCACCUCCAAGGUCUCAAUCUGGCAGACAGAGCUGAACUCCAGAGAGGGAGCGUGGGAGAGGCUGUGCAUGGAGAGAGAUCCUCUGGUUCUGUCCUGUCUGAUGUGGUCGUGGCUGGAGCAGCUCAAGGAUCCAAUCAUCAGCAGUGAGGAUAUAAAAGCCCUCAGUGAGAAGAAUGUAAACCCACAGAACGCCCUCGACUCACUGGAAAAGGGCCAUAGACUCACUUUGCUGUGUAUCCUCGACUGUGCUGCUCAUCUCCUGCCAAUGCCUGAAGAAGAGGAGAAUAGAUUUCUCAAUCAAACAAUACACGCGUUCACUAAGAUUGACCCUGCCUCAGAGGAGAACCAGUCUUUGUACACGACACUGAAAGCAAUCCUGAGUCCCAUUCUUCACGAGCUGUUUGACAAAGCUGCAGAGAACAGUGAGGACUCCUGAUCCGCCCUCAACAGGACUCGCCUGAAAGAGGAAGACUGACAAACAGGGUUCCACUCUAAUGUUUGGGCAUUACUGUAUUUUAAGCCAGUUCCUUGCAUGCUGAGAUCUGCCAGUCUUCAGUCUUCAGGAUAUUUGAAGGUUUAGCAAUUCAUUUUCUUGGAAGCUCUUAAUAGACUCUAAGCACUGCCAUUCUGUAUGUUAAUGUGCCACUGUGCUCAGUUUGAAAGCAUUUGUUUGUCAUCUGUAUAUUCUACUGUAAUGUUUGUGAGGGACUAGAUGUUGUUUUUAUUAGCUAACUGUUAGUUAGUAGAAAAAUGACUGAGAAACAUUCUCAUGAUGUUAAAGUAAUGUUAUUUAAAUGUUAGUUCAGCUGUCAAAGCUGUUGGGGGGAGGGGGGGAGGGUCUUAUUUAAACCAAAAGAUGAAUUUACACUGUGCAAUGCUACAAUGUGUCUUAUUUAUUAAGAUCUUAUUUGAAAUGCAACAAUUGGUUUAAUAACCUAAAGACAAGUUGCAAGGUUGCUUUGUUGAUAUAGAAUGUAAGGUGUUUUCUUAGAGUCAAAUGCAAACUGUGGCUAUUGUUAUGGCAAUGCAAAUUCGACAGGCCACAGUUCAUUUGCUUUUCCGAUCAAUUUUAUGUCCUUAACACCAAAAGCCUCAAUGUUCUGUUCUGUUCCUCCACCAUUGCAUUUAGCAAAAUGCUGUCUGCCUCAACUCAAACGGCCUCUGUCUGGACUCACCAUGCUGCUGUGUUAAACGUGUGUGUGUGUGUGUGUGUGUGUGUGUGUGUGUGUCAGGCUCACUUCAUAUGUCUCGUAUAUGGACCCAAUGUAAUGUAGAUGUGCUGACACACACUGAAUGUGGAACAUUGACGAUAAUAAUAAUAAUAAUAAUAUGAAGGACAUGAGACGUUGUACUGUGGGGAAUUUUCAACAAGCACUAUUUUUUCAUUGUUGCAACAGGCUUCUUACAGAAUUAAACUUACUGCAAGCUA